AGCAGAAGCACAGAACCAGAGAGAGGGCUGCCUGGAGACUGCUUCUGUCUUGCCAGAGAAUGUCUGAAUCCAAGAUCUUAGAUCUCCCCGCUGUGAUUUUUGACAAUGGAUCUGGAUUGUGCAAAGCCGGCCUGUCGGGAGAGCAGGCACCGAGGUCAGUCAUUGCUACUGUUGUCGGCUACCCCAAAUCCAAAGCGAUCAUGUUUGGAGCUGGUCAUAGGGAAUAUUACGUCGGAGAAGAAGCCCAGUCCAAGAGGGGCAUCCUGUCUUUUAAGUAUCCAAUGGAACAUGGCAUAGUUACAUCCUGGGAGGACAUGGAGAAGAUCUGGUGGCAUUUGUUUAAGCAUGAACUCAAGAUGAAGCCCAGCGAGAGGCCAGUGUUACUGACUGAGGCUCCACUGAACACAGUGUCAAACCGAGAAAAAAUGGCUGAGAUCAUGUUUGAAGGUUUCCAGGUGCCUGCCAUAUUUGUGGCUUUGCAAGCUCUGAUGGCCCUUUACGCUGCAGCCCGCACGACGGGCUUAGUGCUGGACAGUGGAGAUGGCGUGACCCUGACAGUCCCUGUCUACAAAGGCCACUGCUUGCUCCAUGGUGUUUCCAGGCUGGAUUUUGCAGGCAGAGAUAUUACUAAAUACCUUGCUCAGCUGCUCUUGGAGACUGGAUGUUCCUUCGUGAGCACGGCAGAGAAGGAAAUUGUGAAGGACAUCAAAGAGAAGCUGUGCUUUGUGGCCGUAGAGCCCAGCCAAAAAAUUCAGGAAAAGCCCAACAGGCUUGGACGGGAGUAUAUUCUCCCAGAUGGCAAUGCCAUCAAGAUUACCGACCAGCUGUUCAGAGCUCCUGAAACCCUUUUUGUGCCAGCUAAUGCUGGCAUAGAGGCACCAGGGAUUGACAAAAUGAUCCUUCAAAGUGUUAUGAAAUGCGAUGGAAAUAUCCACCCUGAUAUCAUGAGGAAUGUGGUAUUGUCAGGCGGGUCGACCCUUUUCCGGGGUCUCAACGAGAGACUUCUAAAGGAGCUGCAAACUCAGAGCCCCAGCGCAAUCCCUGUAAAGAUCCUAGCACCCCGAGAUAGGAUGUACUCUGUGUGGAUUGGGGCUUCCGUCCUUACCAGCUUAACAUCAUUUAGGGACAUGUGGGUCACGAGUGAAGACUACAAGAAAACUGGACCAUCUGUGCUUCAGAGAAAAUGCUUCUGAGAAGACCAACCAUCCAGAAAAACACAGCACCAACCUGAACAGCUGGAGAGCAGCUAAUAAAUCAUCGCAAAAAUAAUUGAUUUGUAGUAAGUGAUUUUAUA